CUACGUAUUGGUCUGCUUCGGCUGCCCGUGAAGCAGCUUUAUAAGUGUCUAUGACGCGACACUUCCGCUCCGGGUUGUAGGCAUGCCGGGAAACGUAGGCCACACGCAUAAGCACGUUGUAAUAAUAGUAAAACUGAUAAUCUAUUCUGAUUAAGUCUAAUUGUUUCUUCUUCUUUUUUAUACCGGCUUGAUCACAUUCAUAAAAUAACUAACUCGGAGAUAAAUUAAUAACAAUGUUAACAUGCGCCUUUAUGUAUUAUACUUGUAAAUAUGUGUUCACUCCUAUCAAAACACACGUUUAUUUUGGCAUCCCGACCGGGUUGCUCCUCUGCCCGACCAGCCUGUCUGUUUAAGCACCUUGGAGAACUCCGCUCCACGGCAGAGAGGGAGAGCGCGCUGCGGAGGUGGGAUCGCGUUUGUGCGUAAACUACGUCAAAUGCGCACGGAAGCACCGAAUGCCGCACCGUGGAACGGGCUGGCUCGCCUUCGCCCUCUUUGUUUGGAUGAUGUUGAUCUGACUGUUAACCGUUUCGGGGUUGCCCUCGCUGCCGGGCUAUCACAGGUGUUUCGGAGGCGGAUUUUGGAGUGAUGCACUGCGCUUCGCGUUCACCCUUCGCUCGAUCGGGUUUCGCUGGAUUGGCCGAUGUGAAUGCCAUUCAAUAGACUCUACCACCGUGCACGGAUUGCGGUAUAAACAGCAUGGCCAUCGCACAUUCCAGUGGCUCUAAAUAUAUCUAUUAAGGCCACAACAGGGGGGAGGACUUGUGUAGGGGCACGACGGGGAAGGGGGGGGGGGUAUCCUGGGACGUACUGCCGUGGUGAACUCGCACCACUCGAAUUAUCUUCCGGGAGAUUGACCGUCUGGGCUGUUGUCGCGUCCCGCAGAGGAGGAGAACUUGGCCCGAUCCACACCAUGCCCUCCGGGUACAACGUGAGAGCCAGGGCGCGGGAGAGAAACAGCGUCCUGAGCAGACCCGAGUUCGUGUCCCUGAACCAGCCUCUCCGCGGCGGCGGCGGCAACGGCGGUAACGGCGGCGGAGGCGUCCCCGCCGAGAGCCGCGGCGGCGCCAGGCGACCCGCUCCGAUCAAGCACCAAACGAGCCAGCCGGGCGAAGAGCCCGCCGACGGCGGCAGCAAGAUGCCGGAGGAAGACUGCAUGCAGCUGAACCCUUCCUUCAAGGGGAUAGCGAUGAGCUCCCUCCUCGCCAUUGACAUAUGCCUGUCCAAGCGCAUGGGCGUGUGCGCCCACACCUCCUCCUCCUGGGGCGGGUGCCGCUCCAUGGUGUCCAUGCUGGCGCUCACGGGGCACGGCAUCACGUGGAUCAUUGGCACCAUAGUGUGUCUCGCGAGGAGUAACACUCUGGCGGGGCAAGAGGUGCUGGUCAACCUGCUGCUUGCGCUCGUUGUUGACGUCCUGACGGUGGCUGGAAUCCAGAGGCUGGUGAAGCGCAGAGGACCCUGGGAGAUGACGCCGGGCUUCUUGGACUGCAUCGCGAUGGACAUCUACUCCUUCCCCGCCGCUCACGCCAGCCGGGCCGCCAUGGUCUCCAAGUUCCUGCUGUCUCACCUGGUGCUGGCGGUGCCGCUCCGCAUCCUGCUGGUGCUCUGGGCCCUGCUGGUGGGCAUGUCCCGGGUGCUGCUGGGGAAGCACCACCUGACCGAUAUGGUGUGUGGCUUCGCGCUGGGCUUUCUCCACUUUAGCCUGAUGGAGACGGCGUGGCUCUCGUCGAGCACCUGUCAGAAUCUUAUUUCCAUCAGCACGCUCAGCUGGAGCCCCUUUUUCUGAGCUUUUCAUACACGGCUGCGCUAACACAAAAGGCUCAUUUGAUACACUAACCUCACAACGUCGAGGACCUAGGUCUGAUGGGGUUAUUUUUGUAAGGUUUGUAAGGUUUUGAAGUUCUGAUCGCAAGGUGUGAACAGGCAGAGACAUUCAUAUUUAGGAAUCAGAGGCUGGCUUGCAUGGAAGUCCUAGUAGCUUCAAUGAUACCUGCUAAAACACAAAACUACUGCUCCCUAACAUCAGUCAGGUACUAAUUAUGAAAGGAGAAUGAAGACAUCUGCAAACUCACAAUGAUUUGGUGAUAAUAUAUACGUAGGAUCUUUGAAGAUCUCCUUUGUUGUUUUGUUUCAAUUAGGGACUGUAAUGCAGUAAUAAAGCUGGUAGCAUUCAUCAAUAACUUGAAACCAUUUCUAUUCUGCAAAUGAUCUUCCUCUUUGACACCUUUCUUUAUUUGACUUCCCUUCUAACUUCUUCCUCUUUCUCAUUUGUUUUGAAUAUUCAUGUUUUUCGGAAUAGUGAUGUAAACUACGAUGGACACUGAACAGUUUGGUCUUCGGUUACAUGAAUGAAGCACUAAAGAGUAUGAAAUGACAGUUGUCUGGAUAAUCCAGAUUGUUCCCUUUUCGGCAUGGCUAUUAUCUUUGUAUAUUUCUGAUGGGAUUCUGUUCUCCUUGUUUGUCAAACAUGAACCUAUUUUGAUAUAUUACUGGUUACUCAGAUCCCCAUAAUGUCCCAGUAAUGCUUUUGUGAGUCUGAUGUUGUUUUCGUGGCACCUAUUUCCUCUUGUUCAUUUCAGGCUGCUGCAGUCUGCACAUCAGCCAAACAGAUGCUUAUGUAUGGUCAAUGAUGCUGCUUCUGUGCCCCACAAAACCACUGAAGCGUGUGUGAGUGUGGGUGAACGCAUGCAUGAAUAUUGACAUACGAGGUAUCAGUAUCUGUUCAGUUUUGAACAGAAUGUUUUUUUAUGGACCUUUGGAUGAAACUUGCUGUUUUUUGUUGCAAACUUGUUUUGUGGUUUGAUGUGUAAAUAUAUUAUUUUUUUCUCCUACUUUAGCUUGCGUAGUCCUGUACAGAGAUCUGUUUUUUUCCAGCAUCAAUAAAAUGAGGCUGGCUGUGUGUAAAACAUUGAA